UAAAGGUCUUCAUGUGUCCUUCUCUGCAGAGUUUGGAGGGAAGUGGAAGAUGCUUCAUUAUUUUGCUCAGGACUUCUUCGCUGCCGUUCUUCCCGUCGGCUUCGAGGACGAUGGAACCCUGCUGAUCUACGCCGUUUCAGACCUGAGUCCAGACCUGACGCUCAGGGCCGUGGUGUCCGUCCACUCCUGGUCUGGUCUGGACCCCGUGUGCACCCUGAGGUCAGACCUGGUUCUGGUACCCGGCGGCAGCGCUGUGGUGGUCUUAAAGCAGGAGGUGGCCGCCCUGCUGGCAGGAUGUGGACGCUGCACCCGCCUCAGCUGCCUGCUCACCUUCCACCUGGAGGACGGGACCGGCGUCCAGCGGGGACCGUCCAACUACCACUUCCUCUGUUCCCCGAAGGACGCCGAGGGGCUCCGAAAAGCCAACAUCACAGUAAGAGACAGGAGGUUUAAAGUCAGAGCGCAGAACCAAGAGGCAGAUUAUGAGUAG